AUGAGGAAGAGCUCCUCCCCUUCCUUGAAUAACUGCAACUCCGUUCUUGCUAACAAAAUAUUUGGAAUUCCACUUGAUGAGCUGCAGCAGGGAGGACAUCCAGACAAUGAGGUUCCGUUCAUAGUCCGCCACGUAGUGGACUAUAUUGAGGAACAUGGAGGUCUGGAGCAAGAAGGACUUUUUCAAGUCAAUGGAAAUGCUGAGACAGUGGAGUGGCUUCGGCAGAGAUACGACAGCGGAGAAGAGGUGGAUUUGGUUAAGGAAGCAGAUGUUCCCUCGGCUAUUAGUCUUCUUAGGUUUUUCCUUCAAGAACUUCCUGAACCUGUUAUCCCUGGCAGUUUGCAUAUUCACUUGAUGCAGCUUUCUCAAGAUUAUAAUAAUGAAGAUGAAUUUGGAAGAAAGUUGAGGUUCCUCUUGCAACAGCUUCCACCUGUUAAUUACAGUUUGUUAAAGUUUCUGUGUAGAUUUUUAGCCAAUGUAGCAUCACAUCAUGAAGAAAUUUGGUCUGCAAACUCUUUGGCUGCUGUCUUUGGUCCAGAUGUCUUCCAUAUUUACACAGAUGUGGAAGAUCUGAAAGAACAAGAAAUAGUGAGCAGGAUAAUGGCUGGACUUCUGGAAAAUUACUAUGAGUUUUUUGAGAAUGAAGAGGAAGAUUUUUCAUCUAAUGAUUUGAGUUCAAUUACUGAACAGGUUCAUGAACUUUCUGAGGAAGAAGAGGAAGAUGAAAAGCUGGAACAUACAGAAGAACUUCCAGAAGAGGGUGCAGAAAAAUCAGAUGACAUGCCAGAGGUGGUACAGUUAAGGAUGACUGAAAACAUCCUGGAACCAAAUAGUGUUACAGCAUCAACAAGUGCCCAUAUAUCUCCUAUCAGCAUCUUACCAGCCUCUGCGGACAUUUUAGAAAGAACAAUUAGAGCAGCUGUGGAACAGCACCUUUUUGAUCUGCAGAGCAGCAUAGAUCAUGAUCUUAAGAAUUUACAACAGCAAAGUCUGGUGUGUAAUGAUGAAGCAGGAAGUGUUAAUUGUGAUGGGGAAGGAUCUAAUAACCAGGUUGAUAUUGCUGAUGGUAUUAUUAAUGCCAGUGAAUGUAGCAGAGACUGUUCAGAACCUGUGGCUAGCACUAAUUUAGACAAUGAAGUUAUGCAGCAAGAUUUUGUAUUUGAGGCUGAAGAAAAUAACCAGACUGUAGGUAUACUGUUAGAGCCAUGCAGUGACCAUGGUGAUGGUGAAGAUGGCUGUCUUGAGAGGAAAGAAUGUUUGUCAUUUGACAGUGAUAACUUGUCACACUUCAUUCUGGAUUCUAGUAGCAAGAUAUGUGAUUUGAAUGCCAACACUGAAUCAGAAGUGCCAGGAGGUCAAAGUGUUGGUGUUCAAGGGGAGGCAGCAUGUGUCCAAAUUCCACAUUUAGAUCUGAAGAAUGUUUCUGUCGGUGAUAAAUGGGAAGAGCCAUUUCCUGCUUUUAAGUCUUGGCAGGAAGAUUCUGAGUCUGGAGAAGCUCAGCUCUCUCCACAAGCUGGAAGAAUGAAUCAUCAUCCUCUGGAAGAGGACUGUCCUCCAGUAUUAUCACACCGGAGUUUAGAUUUUGGGCAAAGCCAGCGUUUCCUACAUGAUCCAGAAACAUUGGAUUCCUCAUCGAAAGCACUUUCUUUUGCUAGCAUUCGAAGAUCAUCUUUUAGUUCAAAAGAUGAAAAAAGAGAAGACAGAACACCAUAUCAAUUAGUCAAGAAACUUCAGAAAAAAAUCAGACAAUUUGAGGAACAGUUCGAAAGGGAAAGAAAUAGCAAGCCCUCCUACAGUGAUAUAGCAGCCAAUCCAAAGGUAUUAAAGUGGAUGACAGAGCUCACCAAACUGCGAAAGCAAAUCAAAGAUGCAAAACACAAAACCUCUGAUGGAGAGUUUGUACCUCAGACACGUCCACGUAGUAACACUCUUCCAAAAAGCUUUGGCUCUUCUCUAGACCAUGAAGAUGAAGAGAAUGAAGAUGAAUCCCGGGUCAUUCAGAAGGAGAAGAAGCCAUCUAAGGAAGCAACACUUGAACUUAUUCUGAAAAGACUGAAAGAAAAACGUGUUGAGAGGUGUCUUCCAGAAGAUAUCAAAAAAAUGACAAAAGAUCAUUUGGUAGAAGAGAAAACUUCUCUCCAGAAAAGUCUUCUUUAUUAUGAAAGUCAACAUGGAAGGCCGGUAACCAGGGAAGAAAGACACAUUGUUAAACCUCUUUAUGAUAGAUACAGACUUGUAAAACAGAUGCUGACAAGAGCUAGCAUCACUCCUGUCCUUGGAUCUCCAUCCACUAAGCGAAGGGGUCAGAUGUUACAGCCAAUCAUAGAAGGAGAAACUGCACAUUUUUUUGAAGAAAUCAAGGAAGAAGAAGAAGAAGAUGGCGUUAGUCUGUCCUCUGAGUUAACUGAUAUCUUGAAAACUGCUGUACAGGCACAGUCUUCACUGGAAAACUCAGAAUCUGAUAUGGAAGAAAAUCAAGAAAAACUGGCUCUAGAUCUCCGAUUGUCAAGUACUCGAGCAGCUUCUAUGCCGGAAUUACUGGAACAACUUUGGAAAGCCAGAGCUGAAAAAAAGAAACUACGUAAAACAUUACGGGAAUUUGAAGAAGCAUUUUAUCAACAAAAUGGAAGGAAUGCCCAGAAAGAGGAUCGUGUUCCAGUGCUUGAGGAGUACAGGGAGUACAAGAAAAUUAAAGCCAAGCUUAGGCUUCUUGAAGUUCUUAUCAGCAAACAAGAUUCUUCAAAAUCCAUAUAA